AUGCUGAGUCAUCCUGCCUAUAUUUCAAUACCUGCAGUAAUAGUAUCAGCUGUCCUUAUCUUUCCUAUUUAUAAUUUUUAUAGGAGGAGAGAAAGGUAGCAAUAUAAGUCAAGAUCUCCUGUUUUAAGCAUAAAUUGUUUAGUUUUUGAACUUAUUUGCUUUUGGAUUAUUGUUGCAUCAUCAAUUAUCAAUUAUGAUGAAACAAACCCUACUUAAAUGAAUGUAACUUAAUGGUCCUGUCCUAAUGAUAACUCAGUUGAAAGUUUAAAUAGAUUUGUGCUUUCAAAUAAGUUUUUUAUUGCAAUAUUUACAGCUAGCAAAAACUCUUAAAUAUUACUAUUCAUUGCAAGAUGUUUUAGGAUCACUUGCGCCUACAAUAUUUAAUGGGAAAGGCAUUAAAAAUUAACUUAGUUCUUUACUAAUCAGAUAUAUAUUUUGGUUAUCAUAUAUAUUCUGUGGGCAGCUGUGUUUUUAAUGAUUUUUUUCUUGCCUUAUUUGUCACCUUUCAGUUUUUGGAUGAUAGAAAUUUACACUUCAGAUACUGCAAGAUACAUUUUCAGCUGUAUUUUUACUAUAUAUUUCACCUUUUGUGUAAUUGCUUUAUUGUAUUGCCUUUACAAAAUAGAUCUCACAGAUUCAAGAUUUAAAAUUAAAUAUGAUAUCCAUUUAAUUGUAUCCUGCUUCAUUUUUACUAAUUUAUUUUUCUUUGCAACAUAGAAUGUCCCUUGCUCAAAUUCAACUGAUUACUAUUUUUUAGGCAUAAAUCCAUUUUUUUGGAUUGUAAUAUUAUUAGAUCUAUGGGUUGCUUUGGCUGUAGGAUAUACAGUAGUUUAUGUUGAUGCUAAAUUACAAGAUGAAAACUAUGUUUUGAUGCAUGAAACUAAUAUUGGAAAUAUAAAAGGAUUUAUGUGCUACAAAAAUUAGUAUGAUUGCAAACAAAUAUUUUUACUUUUUUUAAGUACACUUUCUGAUAGAGAAUGCAAUCGUAACUCUUUUAACCCUCAGAUAUCAUAAGAACAUCUCAUAAAUGCCCCAUUAAUAUAUGAAUUAUUCAUUGAUAUUCUCACUAUUGAAAUCAACAUAAGUAAUAACGAUUCUGAGUUCAAUAUUUUACAAGCUUAAAACAACACAAAUAAUGGAGAAACUUAGAUACAAAAUUAUUUUUAAGCUAUAAUUUCUGAUUAUUUUACUCCUAAUAAAGUUGAUAGCUAUUUAGGAUAAUUAUAUGGAAUUGAUUAACAAUGUAAAAGAAUAGUAGAAUUAAUUGAAAAAAAUGAGGAUAGUACUAUUACAAUACCUAAUCAAUUUAUUUCAUCAAUUAUGGUUUAAACUGAGGCCUACAUAAAUGAAUUCUUUGAAGCAUUUAAGGAAACAUCUUCAUAUCGCUUUAUGUCUAGAAUAUUUGCUCAUAACAGUAUUUUAUCAGAGAGAUUGAUAAGUUUUAAGUUAAUUUCUUGA